AUGCAACUUUGUAGGGCUUUCUUGUGGGAGGGUAAGGCCUAUCUUACUAAGGCCCCUCUUGUCAGUUGGGACUGGGUCUGCAGACCUAAGAAAAGUGGUGGGCUGGGAAUUAGGGACUGCAAACUAUGGAAUAUGGCAGCAAUUGGAAAGUACACUUGGCAAAUUGCUCAAAAGGAGGAUACUCUGUGGAUUAAAUGGGUUCAUUGUAUAUAUAUCAAGAAUGAGAAUUGGUGGACCUAUGUGGCUCCCUCAUCUGCUAGCUGGUCUUGGAAAGUAAUUUGCAAGAUGAAGGAUAAAAUGAAAGUGGCUUAUCACAAUAAUCUCUGGAUGGAUGGCAGCAGAGAUUACACUGUUAAGGAAGGCUACAAUUGGCUCAGGGGAGAUCAAGACACUGUAUGGUGGAAGCAUUGGGUCUGGAAUCCAAUCAAUAUCCCUAAACACUCAUUUAUAGCUUGGUUAACUAUGCUGGGAAGGCUAAGAACAAGAGAAAAGCUGCAGCAAGCUGGAAUUUGUCAGGAUGCAUCCUGCCUCCUAUGUCAACAGGGGCAAGAUUCUUGUUCUCACUUAUUCUUUCAAUGCCAAUUUAGUCAAGAAGUAUGCAGGGGGAUUAUGAACUGGCUACACUUAAGAAUGUCUGCGCAAGAAAGUAUUUAUAAUCAUUGGAGAAAAUGGGGGAGAAAGUUUAGAAGCAAAGUACAACAACAAGUAGCUUAUGCUUCUUUAGCUGCUAGUGUGUACCAUAUUUGGAGAGCCAUAAAUAAUUCACUUUGGGAAGCUGCUGUCUGGAGACCUGCUGUGGUGAUCAAGAAAAUUCAGCUAGAUAUAUGUAUUAGAGUGAAGAGUAAGCUUAGUCACACUUGGAAGGACAGUGACCAAUUGUGGUUUGCAUAG